AUGAUGAUCAAGUGCUUGCGAGGUGUCGAGGGCUCAGCUGCAUCACCUUGUACUCGCGCUCGAACGGUACUGCAGCUCGCUACUCCUGGCCUCAUGCCGCUGCUCCCUUUGCCAUCGUCUAUCAUUGUGGAGAGCCUUCUUCCAUGGUUGCACGCGGGCUCGGUCUUUCGCUUGGCUACCACUGCGCGCUUUGACGACCCUCUCCUUGCAACUUUCACGUCGCAGGCACGGACUGCGCUGCAGGAGUUGCCCAUCGCCUUCGAAGAUGUUCUACUCACUGGCAUGAACGUGCCUGUCUUCGAACAUCGACGCGUGCCUCGGCUCAUUCUGGUCCCAUCUGCCCCAGAACAGGCUACAACAGCUGAGAAGGUGCGAGCCUUUGCGGCAAUCAGGUACAAUCUGCUUGAAGAACGGCCUGGUGAGUUUGAGCGCCACAUGUUGCAGGAGGACGAUGCUAUGGUUGGUCCGAAUUUGCAGGCCUGGAUUGGGUGCUACAACCACGAUCUCGGACUUCCGGCCGCCUACGACGAAAGCAUUUUGCAGUUGCAGUCCGUGCCUACUGGCUAUGUCUGGUUCGACCACGUGCGCCGGGAAGCCUUGGGAGUGACUGUCCAGCAGGAGAUUUUGCCGCCGCAAGAAUGGGCCACCUGGGGGUCAAUCUUUCUGUUGUAUGCCGAGCACCCAGUGAAUGACUUUGUGCUUGCGUUCUGGGAGCCGGAAACGGCUAAUGGAAGAGCCAUUCCACCGCCGCUCCCGGAAUAA